AGUCAGUACAAAUUUCAAACAAACACACACACACACACGUACGGACGUACACACUCUCAGGUGUCUCUGUCCACUUUUUGUCUUCUCUCAUUUGUUUUCGCUUACGUCGUAGCUUCUGCCAAUUCUACUUGUAUUCAGACCGUCUGACAGCUUUGUUUUCGGGCUGCGCGCGUGCGCACGGUAUUUUGUUUUUGUUGGUUGUUGCUGAUUUGACGCGGCCAUACUCGCGGAACUGACCCUGAAGGAGGAAAAGGACCGACCUGAGCGCCAAAGAGGGAGGCGCUCCGCUGCAUCUACGGAGUUUGCAGUUUUUUUUGUUUUAGGUGUUUUAGCACUUUGGCAAACGCAGGUGGACAGAGUUCGCCGCGAGCUGAGCGGAGUACAAUCCUUUGCACUGAAGACACUCCAGACACCAAGGCAAGCGAGAAUGGACGUAGGUCGCGAGGGCCACUCAGGGCUCUACACCAUGCACUUCUCCACCGUUUUUCCACCAGAGAAGGCGGGCGCGGAGAAGGCUGGUGGGGCAGCCGCCAACGCGUCUUCCUCCUCCUCCUCGCCUCCGGCUGCUGGGGCUACUGCAGCGGCAGCCGCCCCAGCGACGACCGCCGCCGCCGCAGCGACCGUGGUGUCCGUGGGCAGCAAGCCCGGCACAAGCAGCUCUCCCUCCUGCUCCCUUUCUCAGUUCAGCCAGUGGCACAUUCUCAUCCGCAUGGACGUGGAGAACGAGAUGUUUUUUGUGAAGGGCGACGCAAAAGUUUUUUCUCCCACCCCGUCGCUGACAAGCGGGACGGCGCGCGGCAUCAACCGCGACGGCACCGCGGCGCAGAGCACAACCGCGCCGGACGGGAUACCAAUUGUGCCGGUGCAUCAGAAGGACCGUCGAUGCAGCGUUGUGAUAGGGAGCUUCUACCGGCAGGGCGAGGGCCUUGACGGCGCGAGCGCGGUGCCGCCGUCCUCCAUGCUGGGACUAGAGGUGCGCAUGCCGCACCUAGAGGCGGAGGUGCUGGGGCUGUCGGAGCCCGAGACGUUGAAGGAUGUGGUGUUGAACUGCUCUGGCAACAAGUCGUGUGGGUGGUACAUGGGGGCGGUCACCGUGACGGUGGAGGGUAAGGCGGUGGAGACGCCGCAGACGGUUCGGUUUCUGCUGAAGCCGUUUUACGGGCACCGCUGCGCGAGCUGCCUCGACCCGGUCUACGCCAUCGGCUACACCUGCGAGCGUUGCGAGGUCCCACACUACUGCUCGCGGGAGUGCAUGAAUGCGCACAUGAAGAAGCACCACAAGCUGCUCUGCCCGAUUCUGUAUGAGCGGUAUCGCUAUCAGUCCGGCGAGGUGGUGACGGAGGUGCCAGAUGGCUCGGCGCUCGUAGCGUGGUGGCGCUGUCUGGAGCAGGGCGCCUUCAACGUGCUCGUAGACCCCAACAACUCCCUCGGCUACGGCAUUGAGUUGACCCUUAACGUGCUGAAGUCGGUGCGGCAGGAGGGGUUGCAGUACCGUCUUGUCACGCCCUCCUCGCUGACCACCUUUCCGCCGCACGAGGAGGUCGCACGGUUUGCCUGCGUGUUGUUGCGCGAGGUCAGCCGUAGCGCCAUCUUAGAGGGCUGCGCCCCCCUGGCCGCGGCCUGCCUCGACUACCUCUACGUCUUCAGCCCCUCCGCCGACUUUGCGAUACAGGCGCACAUUCUCUUCUUCACAACCUUCCAUUGCGAGGACCUCGACGUGCCCAUCGACACCUUUGAGGAAUACGUCUCCUUCGCCCGCCCCCUGCACGCCCUCGCGUCGCUGCAGAUCAACUACGCGUUGAAGAGUACCAUUCCAGCUGAGUUCUGGCGUCGGGUGAAGAUCGCGAAGGACUCCAUCGCGUCGCUGCUCGCGGUUACGAACGUUGUGCCGAGCGGCGGCGUGGAGGGCCUGAAGGAGAUCAUCACCGCGCAGCAGCGUGACGCCUUGAUGAUGUUGUCGAAGAUUUUUGUCAUGAUGGCGACGCGCGCCCCGCAGGGGGAGUGCCAGCGGUGGCUGGAGCAGGCGGAGCGGUGCCUCAUGCAGUGCCAGAACGGCCUCGGCACGACGAAUUCGGCGGAGGUGGACGCCGUGAUCUGCUACCGCCUCUCCGCCCUUCUGCUGCUGUACAAGACGGACACCAAGACGGAGGAGGCGAGGCAGCAGAAGAAGCGCGGCGAUUCCUUCUUGAAACUCCGACAGAAAUCCAUGAAUGACGAGAUUAGCAUGCAGCAGCAGAAUGGCGUGGAGGAGGGCGAGCAGGCGAAAGAGAAGAGGCAGUAG